AGCCACCCAGGAAGCCCCAAAAGACACGGUACUUCUUCUUAAAGACCUUAGAAAAGAGGCAGAUAGACAUUUAUAAGGGUUUGUGGGCACUAUCACAGUAGGGCAAAUAUAAGAGCUCACACUGAGUGUAAGUAGAGAAAUUGUGUCUCUUUUAAUAUGUUGGUACCUGUUAGAGAUUUAGAACAGGGAUGCCACAGGCUUAUAUAAUAAGGCAUUUGACCUAGAUGCACUUAUCAUAUUUUUAAACAGUCAAGAGACUGGAACUCAUAAAAUUUUAACAGUGGUUUAUCACUAGAGAUACUUACUUUCACAAAUGGCAGACCCUCUGAAAUAGAGAAUUUACUGGUUUUUGCAAAUACAGUUUCAGAGUGAAGUGUCUUUGAGUUCAUCUUGACUUAGAGGUCAAAUGAUAUCAUUAGGAUGAGGUUUAUCCCUCUUCAUUUUUAGACUGUUUCCUUAACAUUGGCCCAUGUGGUUGCAAAUUGGCCAUAUCAGAUAUGGCCUGCCCUGCAUCCUCUCCUAUUCAUGUCCUAUGAGAAAAAUAGUAGAUUGGCCUCCUGAGCGCUCAAAUAGAAAACCUGAAUUGAGUCAUAUUGGUCCUUACAGAUUUGUUCCUGAGCUAACCCUUGUAAUGAGAGUGAAGGAAUAAUCUGAUUAUUUUAGCUUAGACCAUAGGUCCUAUCCCUUAAUCAGAACAAUUAAAUAACUUGUCCAAGAUAUUUGGACUGAGAGUGGAAGGAUGAUGUUGAUUCCAUCAAAGCUAAAUUAGGAUAAUAACACCACAAUGAAAUGGAAUAGUUACUACGUGAGGAAAAAACCCAACGACGUAAGAAUUCCCUUCAAGAAGCUAUUUCUAGCUACUGGAAAGAUGGAUCAUUUUAUUUUAUUUUUUAAUUUAUUUACAGAAUAGUAUAAAGAAAUUUUUUAGCUACCAUCCAUGAAGAAAAUACUUAAGUGUUUUACAAAACAACUCAAAACAGACUAAUGUAAUGUAAUGUAGUCCCCCAAAAGCAAAUGAAAUGGCAGAUUUCAUCAAUCAGAAUAUUGCGGUCUAGAGUAAAGAGUGAAAUCUUUCCACUGUACCUUGUAUUAUUAGAACCUUCUUUGGAUAAGGUCUUUAAUUUUAGAAAAGAUUUUAAAAAAAUAAACCAGAUUAUAUUCUGAAUGGACUACUUUGGUAAUGUAGGCAUUUAAUAUGGAAACAAGAAACCAGAGUGGAUGUCACCAUGUUUAUAACUUUAAUAUGCUCUCCUAUUUAGGUGUACUUACUCUUUACUACCCCUGAGGGUUGGGACUCAAUGGUUGAAAUUAAAAGAAGAUGCUAUGGGAUGUUCAAGAUAAUAUAGGAAGUCUUUUCAGUCAAUGAAGUCUAACAUUCCAGGUUUUCAAGCAAGAGAAUGGAGCCUAGCAAAGCCCCAGAAAGCAAACAAGGGACAAUAAAAGUUGCAGCACAAGCACCUACUAAAAAAGAGGAAAAGAAGGAAGAUUCCAAGAAAACGAAAACACCUACAGAAGAACUACCCAAGGGAAAAACAAAGUCACCAAAGAAGGAACAGUCAGAGACUGAACGAACCAAAGAAGAGGUUGGUUCUGCCUCAUCGAAAAAAGCUGUACCUGGAAAGAAGGAAGAGAAAACAACCAAGACAGUGGAGCAAGGUAAAAAAAAAUGAAGGAGGUUGACAUUAUCUUCUUUAGAAAGACAACAACGUGAGGAGGAAAGCACUGGAUUCAGACAGGCGGACGACAAUAACCUUUAAAUCGAUUGCUUUCUAUCACUGUCCUUGCACGUUUCUCUGUGCCAGGGAGAAUGUGAGGUGGCAAUCUGGGUUUUUGUUCUUUUGUAUAACUAAACUCUGAGUGUAAG